AUGCCAGGCUCUGAUCAUCAAGGCUUAAUGACCCAAGAGAGGCUUGACCGAAACUGGGUUGCAGGCGGUGGUGCUUUGGCAGCUGCUGCAGCCGCCAAUGCUGCCGCUUCCCAAGGCCAAAUGGGUUCUGGGCUUGCAGGGCCAGGCCGCAGUUUUUUGUUACAGCCACCUCCACCUCCUCCACAUGCCACACGCCAUGCAUUUGGAGGUGGCGGGUCCCUUCCUUCGGGUGGG